UAGAAAACGCCUCGGCCGCCGCCAGCGGUGGGAGGCGGCGAUGCGCACGGCCGGGGAGACGCGGAGGAGGAGGAGGAGACAUGAGCCGGCGGGCGCCCAGACGGAGCGGCCGUGACGCGGGCGUGCAGCAGCCGCAGCCGCCGCAGCGCGCUCCAGCCCCGGAGCGCUGACCCCUGGCCCGCGCAGCCCCGCGCCCCGGCCAGCCAGCGCGCCCAGCCUCCAGCCCCGCCGCCGCGCAUGCUGUCCCCGGCGUGACCCGCGCGGCCAGCAGCUCCCCGCGGACGCCCGGACGGACGGCCGGCCGGCAGCGAGCGAGCUUCCCCGCACCGGCCCGGAGGGCGCCGCCCGCCCGCUGCGGCCGCCCCGCAGCCCCCGCGCCGGCCCGCAGGGCGCCGCGCCCGGGAGGAGCCGCGCGGGGCGCUGAUGCCGCAGGGCGCGCCGCGGGGCGCCCCGGAGCAGCAGAGCCCGCAGCAGCAGCCACCGGCCCGCGGGGAGCAGCAGCAGCGGCAGCGGCGGCGGCGGCGGCGCCGGCGGAGGCGCCCGGUCCCGGCCGCGCGGAGCGGACAUGUGCAGGCUGGGCUAGGAGCCGCCGCCUGCCCCCCGCCCAGCGAUGUAUCCAGCGCCCUCCGCCUGCACUUGCCUGUGUUUACACGUCCUGCUGCUGUGCUUCCAGGUGCUGGCGGCCGAGGAGAACGUGGACUUCCGGAUCCACGUGGAGAACCAGACGCGGGCUCGGGACGAUGUGAGCCGUAAGCAGCUGCGGCUGUACCAGCUCUACAGCCGGACCAGCGGGAAGCACAUCCAGGUCCUGGGCCGCAGGAUCAGCGCCCGCGGCGAGGACGGCGACAAGUAUGCCCAGCUCCUAGUGGAGACAGACACCUUCGGCAGUCAAGUCCGGAUCAAGGGCAAGGAGACGGAGUUCUACCUGUGCAUGAACCGGAAGGGCAAGCUGGUGGGCAAGCCCGACGGCACCAGCAAGGAGUGCGUGUUCAUCGAGAAGGUCCUGGAGAACAACUACACGGCCCUGAUGUCGGCCAAGUACUCGGGCUGGUACGUGGGCUUCACCAAGAAGGGGCGGCCGCGGAAGGGCCCCAAGACCCGGGAGAACCAGCAGGACGUGCACUUCAUGAAGCGCUACCCCAAGGGGCAGGCGGAGCUGCAGAAGCCCUUCAAGUACACCACAGUGACCAAGCGGUCCCGGCGGAUCCGCCCCACGCACCCCGGCUAGGCGGCCGCCCCCCGGCCGCGCCCACGGCCGCGAGGACUGCGUCAGAGGAAUAUUUUUACACGACACAGAAGGAAGAAGCUCUAUUUUUGUACAUUGUGUUUCCAAGAAGACAAAAACUGAACCCAAACUCUUGGGGUUGCGGGGGGAGGGGGAAGGAAGGGGGGACGAGACGGACUUCACGGUUGACUUGAAACCCCCGAUGACAGAGACUCACGCAAAAGGGACUGAUUUUGUCAACGCACAGGUGCUUGUGUCUCUCUCUCUCGGAAUAGACAACUCUCAACGCGUCCCCGGAGGAGGAGGACUUGAACGAGGAAAACGACACUCGGAGAAACCAAAGUCCUUUUUCCCAAAGGUUCUGAAAGCAAAAGAAAAAGAAGAAAAAAAGAAAAAAAACAAAAAAAAAAAGAAAAGAAAAAAGAAAAAAAAAACAAAAACAAGUAGUAAACCGUUCCCACCCCCCCACCCCCCCAAGGAACACCCCCUUCUUUUCCACUCUCCUGUCCUCGCCCCAAACUCCAACAAAAAUCGCUCUCUGGUUUGCAGUCAUUUAUUUAUUGUCCGCUGCAAGCUGUCCCGAGACACCGCGCAGGGAAGGCGUGCCCCCUCGGAAUUCUCGGCGCCUCGACCUCCGACGACAGACGGCCCCGUCCAAUCACGGUGACCCUGCCUCGCUCGCAGCCUGCAGGAUGCUGCUAUCGACCUUCCGUGACUCACGUGACCUAGCACACCAAUGAUAAGGGAAUAUUUUAAAACCAGCUAUAUUAUAUAUAUUAUAUAUAUAUAUAAGCUAUUUAUUUCACCUCUCUGUAUAUUGCAGUUUCAUGAACCAAGUAUUAACUGCCUCAACCAUUAAAAACAAUCGACAAAUUAUUUAAAAAA